ACUUCAAAAUUAUGAUAAACAUGAUCUUGUGGAGCGUGUAGUAUUCGCAAGGUUAUAAUUAAAAGGUUUUAUAUGGUAUUCACGCAGGCUUGGCAGGCCGAGGCAUUUUCCAAGUUGAAAGUAGUGGUUAUAGUUAUUCUCCUAUAUCUCCAUGAUUCUCCUUAGCUUAUGCCCUGCAAACUACAUUAAUGGAAUUCUGAUUUAUUUACCGCAACUUAUUCUACACAUUGUUUACUGAUUAUUAUUAUUCAUCCGCAUCGUUUUGUUCCACAUCUCCAACAGUUUUUUCAAUUUUCCAACUGUCAAUGUCAUGAGUACACAUUGAAUACAAUGAGCGAAGUUUGUUUUGCGAGAACGAUCAUAAUUUAUAAUCUUGAAUUGGUUGAAUUAGUUGAAUGCUUGAAUUUAGAAACUAAAAUAAUAGCUACGCUCGGGUACCUCUCCCGUACAACCGCUGCAAGCCGGGCUUAAUGAAUCACGAAAACGUUGAUAAAUUUUGAGGUCACUUCAUGUCUACCAAGCAACCAGUGACAAACAAUAAUGGAACAAAUACAAGGAAUAAAUAAUAUAAUCAACUCCAAUGACAACCAGUUGCAUGAAAAUACUGGCCAAGUAUUAUCUACUCCACAGCGAAAUUGGUCUACACAUACAGUACCUUCUGUACAUUCGACUCCUAUGAUUUCUUGUCCCAGACAGGGAAAUGUUUCGGGAACUUCAGCACAGAGUUCUGCAUGGGCAACCAACCAAUCAAAUCAAGGUUCUGGGGUGAAAAAUGGAUCUAACAGUACUGAGGCAUGGAGACAUACCACUGACAGAAUUGAGAAAUCAGGGCAAUAUUGGUCUACAGUAAAUUCAACUUCUACAAUUACUUGUCCCAGACAGAGAGAAGUUUCUGAAACUUCAGUCUCAAGCUCUAUGAGGGCAACCAAUUCAACCACACAAGGUUUUUGGGUGAAAAAUGGAUCUCACAGUACUAAAGCUGGGACACAUAAUAACAAUGGCCGAGUAGACAGUUCUGAGCAAAAUUGGUCUACACCUACACUUUCAACUCGCACAAUUUCUUGUCCCAAACAGGGAAAUGCUUCUGGAACUUCAGUGCCGAGUUCUGCAAAGCCAACUAAUUCAAUCGCACAAGCAAAAGGUUUUGGGGAAAAAAAUGGAUCCAACGGUACUGAGGCUCAUAACUACACUAUUACACAUAGUAAUAAAGUAAAGUUUGCAGAGUUCCCUUCAAAGCCCAAAAAAAAUAUUCAGUUAAGUGUUUCUGGAGCUCUACAACCAACACAAAAGAACCCAAGAAAAAAAUUCCGCAAGCUUAUAGUUCAUGGGGUUCCUGAAGAGGAAGCCAUCAAGCUGUGCUUAAUGCCCUGGCCAGAUAUAGUUAAAAAAUACCCCUUGAUGAUUGAAUUAGCUCCCGAAAAACGAAAAAACCUGUUAACACUUCACAUACCUCCUAAGGAAAUUCCUAAUCUGACUAGCGAAUCUGAUAACAGACAAGAUUCCCUAAGCAAGAAAGAUAGUCGGGGAUCUGCAGAGAAAUAUUUGGUACCGGUCACUGCAAUCAGUGAACAGCCAUCUCUUGGCUCCCAGAAUACAGCUCCUUUACGUGUUGGAAUUCAAAACAAAGAACCCAUGAACCCAGACCAAAUGAAAAUGGUGCACCAUCAUUUACUCCGAGCUAUAACUAAGCAGUUUACAAGUGGUGGUGGGCCAGAAUUCCUGAGCUUCACACAUAAGAAAGGAUGGAUCCAAGUUACAUGUGUCGACCAGCGUAGUAAGGAUUGGCUUACGGAAGAAACUCAGUAUCUUGAGCCUUGGCCCGGGGUGCAACUUUCUGUCGUUCCAGAAGAGCAAUUGCCUAAUCCGCCCAAGGUUAUUACUAAGAUCCCAGAAUCAGAGGCAGCCUCGGUUCAACAGGCCUUAGAUCUACUUAAAUCACAGAACAAAGGUCUUAACACUGGGUACUGGCAGGUGCUUCACGAGAGAGUGGAAAAGAAUAAAGACAGGAUAGUAACCUUUAUAAUUGAUGAAAAAUCACUUGAGACCCUGAAUGCCCAGAAUCUUCAAGCUGCCCUUGGCUUUAAGAUCGUAACUUUUAGAGUCAAGGCAGGUGGAUCUCAACUUAUCCGUCAACCCGCUUCUCCAGAACAUAAUCCAGUUACUUCUGAUGGCAGCACUAUACCUGAAAACUCUGGAGAUCUGGGCCUGACUUAUGCCAAGAAUAGAAUGGGAACCAAUCAGGAUAAACACUGUUCCAUAGAAGCUAAAGGGAAUAGGAGAAGUGGUAUAGUAGACUUAACUGUCCCAGAUCAAGAUGGAUUUGCUGCCUUGGCAGCUGCAGAACGAGUGACAUCUCAAGCUAAAAAUGGAUUUGGAGCAAAGAUUACUCAGAGAAAAGGUGGUGUAAUAGACUUGACAGAAAAUGAUCAAGAUGAAAUAUCUGGUAAGAACAGAUCAAGCGCUAAAGCACUGACUUCUCAACCAAGGUUUGGAGCUAGGCCGACUAUUCAGAACUCUUUGGGAUCAGAUGUGAGGCUUGGACAAGGAAGAAGUAAGGAAGUAAAUCAAACGCCAGUCAGGGGCUCCCAAUUCUCCCAGGCCAAGAAUGGAGCACAUUUGAAUGAAAACCGGGAUAGAACUCCAAGCUCUGAAGAUAAUGAAGAGGGCGGGUAUAGUUCCUGGAUUAUCCAGGAACCUGAAAGCUUUGCAGCAGGAAUAGUACCUGGACUAAGCUUUUUAAACUCAGGAGGACCGCCUCAAUUUAUUGGUUAUAGAGACCAAUUGAUCCAAGACUCCAGUAGUCAUGAAAAGUCUUUGUAUACUGAAGGCAGACUAAGAAUAGGAACCGAUCGAGACAGUCCUCGAGGGUCAGAUAGCAGAUUGUCGCCGUCGAAGGAUUUAAAAGAGUGUUAUAACCAAUUACCUAAAAGUAAUAGAUUGCCUGUCAAGAGUAGAAGAAAGGAUAGAGGGACUGAUCGAGAUAGACCUCCAAGGUUAAAUAGACCAUCACCUCAAAGAAGGAACAGUCAGGACUUGCAAAGAUAUGAUAGGCCUGCAUAUAGUCAGGAUAAUGGCAGGAGAGAUACAGUAAAGAGUUGGGAUAACACGACUAGGGGACAUUCAAGAUGGAGAGAUGAAUAUUAGGAAAGAAUAAAGCCAAGGAUGUGGUUCAAUGAAACUGGUUCAAACGUCAGCAAGCGACCGACGGGUCUGAAUUUUGGUUGUGGCAGUUUUUGUAGUAUUUUCUCUGCCAAAGUCAGACCUUUUUACAUCACCAAAUUGACUGUAUUAUGAACCGUAGAGAUUAUGCGUCUCCGUUAUGUCUACUAGGAAGAAUAUUAACCCUUUGAACACAUGUUCAAAUGGUACCAGCGGCGGUAUCAUGGUUGCAUUUUUAUCACUUGUCAUGUCAUGCGUCACUUUCGCACUUACAUACGUGUUAGAACGAGACAGGCAUGAUGACAGAUGAUAGAAAACCGACCAUCUUAGCCCUACUGGUCAAAAAGGAAACUACAGUGGAAAUUUACUAAAAUCACAAUUUGACAGUUAUAAAUUGUCCUUUAUUUAUAUGAAGCUAAGACCGGUUGACUGGGGUGGAUAUGGUGGGCACAUAACUGUCAAAUUCUGUUCUUAGUUUGCGCCGACUAUAAUAAAAACAGUUGAAUUAAUUUUAUUAUUUUUAUUAGUGCAAUAAGGCUUGAGAUACGCACGUAUCCCGUUCAAUAAAAUGCAUCGAUAACUUAAA